AUGCUGGAAACGACUCCUUUGCUUCCUAAGUUGGGAAGAAAUCUUUCAAAGAAAUAUCUCACAUUCAUUGUGGUCCCCUCCACUAUCCUUGUUAUUUUAUUGAUAUACGUGGGGUCAAUUCUCAUUAAUGGUUCUGAUGAUAAUAAUAAUUUCAUAUCGAACUUACCUUCAUUCCUCGUGAAACCAUUACAAUUACGAAUCUAUACUAAUAAUAUUCGAUUUGAUAAUGUUUAUUAUCCCGAUAAAGGAGAGAAAUCAUGGACUAAGCAUCGUAGUAAACAAGUUAUAAAUUCAAUUGAUUUCCAUACUAGUUUAGGAGAUGCUAAUGUGGUUUGUUUACAAGAAGUGUUGUAUCAUCAACUAGGUGAUAUUUUGGAUGGAUUGAAUGAUAAUUCAAUUCAGAAAUCUCAAAAUUGGACUUAUUAUGGUAUCGGUAGAGAUGAUGGUAUUAUUGCGGGAGAAUUUUCUCCUAUAUUAUAUAAACAUCAUGAUUGGAUUCUUUUAGAAAAUGAAACUUUUUGGUUAAGUGAAACUCCAUGGAAACCAAGUAGAGGUUGGGAUGCAGCAUUAGAAAGAAUCGUUACUAUGGUUACAUUACAAUCCAGAUUUAAUCCUCUUAUUAAGAUUAAUGUUUUCAAUACUCAUUUUGAUCAUAAGGGGAAAUUAGCCAGAAAGAGAUCAGCUCAAUUGAUUGUUGAUAAAAUGGAAAAUUAUAAUAAUAAUCCUUCAUUUUUAUGUGGAGAUUUCAAUACUGAGCCAAGUGAUCAGCCAUAUGCUGUUUUAACUAAAGCUGGAUUUAAAGAUAGCAGAUUAGUUAUUCCUCAAGAUUUCUCGUACGGAGAAGAAUCAACUUUUACCGGUUUUGAUAAGGAUAAUGAAGUUAAACAUUCAGUUAUUGAUUAUAUUUGGUCACCUUAUUUCACUGUAUCAAAGGAUAAAGAUGAUGAUAAUGAUAAUGAUUUUUCAAUUUCAAAUUACUAUAGUUCAGAUCAUCAUGAAUAUUAUAAAAUUAUUAUAAAACAUUUUGGAAUUUUACAUAAUUUCUUUAAAGGAUUUUACUUUUCAGAUCAUAGACCAGUGGUUGCUACUUAUGAUAUAUCUAGAACAAGAUUAUUUGGUCAUGAAAUGGAAUAA